AUGCGGAAGGUGGCACAAUUGAGACUCGCCAAAACCGUCCAGCGAUUGUAUUCCUCGGCCGCCGAUAUCUGUCGCCGGUUUCCGGACCUCAGACCGGCCGAUGUGCUUCCCAACGGCCGUCCCGACUACGUCAAGAUGAUCCUCACGUCACGUGUGUACGACGUCAUCGACGAGUCUCCGAUCUCGAACGCUGUCUCGUUGUCGCAGAAAACCAACUCCACGGUGAUGCUGAAGCGCGAGGAUCUGUUGCCUGUUUUUUCGUUCAAGCUGAGAGGCGCGUACAACAUGAUCGCUCAUUUGUCGGACGAGCGUAAGUCCAAAGGUGUUAUAGCGUGUUCGGCGGGCAACCACGCGCAGGGCGUGGCGUAUUCUGCCAAGGAGAUGGGCAUUCCGGCCACUAUUGUGAUGCCUGUGGCCACGCCAUCCAUCAAGUUCAAGAAUGUGAGCAGGCUGGGCUCACGGGUGGUGCUUUUUGGCAACGAUUUUGACUCUGCCAAAGCCGAGUGCGAGAGACUGACCAUUGAACAGGGACUCACGAAUAUUCCUCCCUUCGACCACCCGUAUGUCAUUGCUGGCCAAGGAACCAUUGCCAUGGAGCUGCUUCGCCAGGUGAAGAGCAACAAGCUGAGUGCCGUGUUCGUGGCCGUGGGUGGUGGCGGGCUGCUUUCUGGCAUCACGGCGUACCUGAAGCGGCUGGCCCCGCACGUGAAGAUUAUUGGUGUGGAGACGUUCGACGCGGACGCGCUGAAACGCUCGCUGGAAAAGGGCGAAAGAGUGACGCUGGACUCUGUUGGCGGGUUUGCGGACGGAACAGCGGUCCGGAUCGUUGGAGAAGAGACGUUUGCUGUGUGCCAGGAGUUUGGCGUUGACGAGGUGGUGCGCGUGACGACAGACGAGAUUUGUGCUGCGAUCAAGGACGUGUUUGAGGACACGAGAUCGUUGAUGGAGCCGUCGGGAGCCAUGACGGUGGCAGGACUCAAGAGAUACGUUGAGCUACAUCCGGAGAUCGACCAUUCCACGAAAACAUAUGUUCCUAUUUUGUCUGGAGCAAACAUGAACUUCGAUAGACUGAGAUUUGUCAGCGAAAGAGCCGUGCUGGGUGAGGGCAAGGAGGUGUUCCUGACGGUGCAGAUCCCAGACAAGCCAGGCACGUUUGCCCAGUUGAACCACAUUAUAGACCCGAGAAACGUGACCGAGUUCUCGUACAGGAUCUCUGCAGACUCGGAGGAGACCGGUCUGGCCAAUAUUUUCACGUCGUUCUCUGUGAUUGACAGAAACAAGGAGCUGGGCAAGGUGAUGAAGGAUCUGGAGCAAGCCGGGUUUAAGGCGCAGGAUUUGACCGAUAAUGAGAUGGCCAAGAGCCACGGCAGAUACCUCGUGGGGGGUAAGGUGUACGUUCCGGGCGAGAGGAUAGUUUCGUUCGAGUUUCCAGAACGGCCUGGUGCUCUGACACGGUUCCUGUCGUCGAUGGAGAUGAACUGGAACCUGACGUUGUUCCACUACAGAAACCACGGCGACGACAUUGGCAAGGUGCUGGCAGGGAUCUGUGUUCCGCCCGAGGACAAUGCGAAAUUCGACAAAUUUUUGAAAGAUCUGGGGUACAAGUACAAUGACGAGACUGAUAAUUUGGUUUUCAAGACGUUUCUCACUAGAUAG